AUGCAGAAAGGGAGUGAGGUGGAUCCUAAACACCCAGUUAAUAAUAACGAGCUUGAGGCAGAAUAUGAUUUCGCUAAUGAUGACUUGCCAGUAGGCAAGACAAUUAGGCCCCAUAAAUUGGCUACUAGCACUGUUGACCUUGCUUACCGACUUCCUUAUAAGCAAGAUUUUGCAGGAAAAGAGUUAAAUUUAUUUGGAAAUGAAUUAAUGGGAGCAGGCUGGCAGAUAGCGUUUAAUUCUUCUGAGAGUAUUGAAACUAAUAAAUGUGGUUAUAAGGCGGUAGUAUGGGUUAAUCAUACCACUAAAGAAGUGCAUAUUGCUUCAGCAGGUACACUCAUAGAUGUAUAUGAUGUAAUCGACGAUUUGUUGGUUGCUACUGGCCAUACUCCUUCCAAAUUCGUGCCAGCUAAAGCAAUGCUUGAAAAAGUAACGAGCGAAUUUAAUAACGAAUAUACAAUUAGUACUAGUGGUCAUUCGCUGGGGGCUUUUUCCUCCAAUUACACCAUAAUAUUAGCUAAAUUGUGGGGAAGGCAAGUUGGUAAAUCUACUACCUUUGAAAGUCCAGGCUUUGAUCAUCAAAAUAAUGAAGAAGCAGAGAUUAUGGAAAAAUUAGAAGCAGAAAUAUUACGCUGUUUUGCAAUUGAUUCUCCAUAUUAA